AUGUCUUAUCAGAUAUACGACACAACGCCUUUGUCUGUCAACCCGGACCAUCUGAAAAAUCGAGCCAAGAAGGUCCACGAAGAGACAUUCAGAGCGCGCUGGAGAAUUGGAUUUGAUUUCCACGAUCGUAUUGACCUCUGGGGCAUGCCGCUUGCCGUGGACGCAUCUACCGAUGAGAGAAUCAAGAAGUGCAGAGCACAUGCCUGUGCUGAAAUUGCGUUACGGGAGCACGCCGAUGAUAUUUUCCACAUUUCGCGACUCAUCAACCACGUAGAUUGGCCUCGAAAUAACUGGCGUCGAGUCAUCAUCAUCAUUGACCGGCCACCAGAGCUCUGGAACGAGAAUGGGGGAGGCUUCCUGGUGGUCUUCUGGGAUCUGUCAAUCGAGCAUCCUGCAAUAACUUCAGGGGAAGCUGAGGGGCUUCAAAGCGGCCAAGAUGAAGGCCAGCAGGCACCGGAGAUGGAAGUUGGACGUUGCAAUUAUGAUGGCGUGGGAAAGGUGAUGGGGGAAAUUAGAGAGGCUUUCCAGGACUUUGAGGACUAA